AUGUCUCCAGCACAUGGCCAGCGACGCCGUAACAUUAUCCGGUCAACCUGGCACAAGAUGUACGACAACGACAGGUUCACCUUGCGAUUCGUCAUCUCGAACCCGGGAGAGCUCUGGGCCCCCUUUAUCCAACACGAGAUGGAGACUUACCAAGAUAUCAUCGUCUUGUCGCACUUGGAAGAGAACGCAACAGUGGCGAAUACGAUCAAGACCAUCGAGUUUUUCACAUACUUGACAAAGGGCAAGUCGACUUGGAAGUGGGUUUCGAAAAUUGACGACGACUCCUUCCUGGACACCGAGUCCUUCUACCGUGACUUUCUUCAGCCUCGUAUGGACGAGAACCGAACCAUGAUAGCCCGGCCGACCUUCAACUGGAAUCGUGGAUACUUAUAUCCACAAGGUCAAUUCUACACAUUCUCGUGGGACCUGCUGCGCAUUUUGACCGAUUGCUAUUCCCGGAAUCGUAUCACAGAUGAGCACGAAGAUGCAUUGUCUGCAAGGCUUCUCUACGAGGAGGGAUACACGGCCGGAGAGAACUACACUCUGGUGGAACUUGGGAACGACAGAUUUUUUGAUUACGAUCCGGAAGUUCGUGUCUCUGGCCAGUAUUCACACGCCAUCAUGCCUGACUCGAUCAACCCCCACAAGCUGAAAAGCGACGAAAUCUACUUGGAUGUCGCGAGACAGAUGGCGGAACUCCAACGGUUUCGCAAUUCCAGUUGA